AUGAGCACCCCCAAGGAAAAGCAGGACGUCCAAGUCCGUGACAAGGCAAGCGAUAACGACGCGCUCGCGGCACUGGGAUACAAGCAAGAGUUCAAGAGGGCGUUCCAUCCAGUCGAAGUCUUCGGACUAGGCUUCAGCAUCAUUGGACUCUUCCCUUCCAUUUCCUCUGUCCUGGUGUUCGCGCUCCCGUAUGGCGGGCCCGUCGCUUUGGUUUGGGGCUGGGGGAUCUGCUCCUGCUUCCUCUUCCUCGUCGCCUGCGCACUCGCCGAGCUCGGUUCCGCCGCACCCACCUCGGGUGGACUUUACUACUGGACGUGGAUGUACGCGACCCCACGCUGGCGCAAGGUUCUCUCCUGGCUUGUCGGCUACAUGAACUCCGUGGGUCUCAUCGCGGGCCUCGCGUCGAUCGACUGGGGCUGCGCCGUCCAGCUGCUCGCCGCGGUGUCGAUCGGGAGUGAUGAGACGUUUGUGCCUACCGUCGCCCAGACAUACGGGGUGUACGCCGCGUUGCUCAUAUGCCAUGCCGUCGUUGCCUCUUUGGCGACCUCCAUCAUUGCUCGGCUGCAAGGCGUGUACAUCGCGCUCAACCUCCUGCUUUGUUUGGCAGUGAUCAUCGCUCUGCCGGUCGCCACCCCAAAGGAGUUUAGAAACGAUGCGUCCUUCGCCUUCGGCGGAUUCAUGAACUUCCAAGGUUGGCCCAACGGGUUCUCAUUCGUUCUCAGCUUCCUCGCCCCCCUGUGGACGAUCGGCGGAUUCGAUGCGCCUGUGCACAUCAGCGAAGAGGCGUCGAAUGCCCGUACCGCGGUUCCCUGGGCUAUAGUUUGCGGUGUGGGCAUAGCUGGCCUGCUUGGCUUCAUCCUCAACAUCGUUAUCUCGCUGUUCAUGGGCACCGACAUAGAGAAUAUCCUCUCUAACCCCAUCGGGCAGCCAAUGGCGACGAUUCUUUUCAACAGCCUCGGAAAGCGCGGUGCGCUGGGGAUAUGGUCAAUCGUCGUCUUUGUUCAAUUCCUGAUGGGCUCUGCCAUCCUCACCGCGGCGUCGCGCCAAAUGUUCGCGUUCGCACGUGACGGCGCCCUGCCCUUCUCCGGAGUCAUCUACCGCGUAUAUCCGCGCACGCAAACCCCAGUCGUCGCCGUCGUCACCUGCGCCGGCGUCGCGCUCGCGCUCGGCCUGAUCUCCUUCGCGGGCACCGUCGCCGACAGCGCGCUCUUCUCGCUCGCGAUCGUGGGCCAGUACACCGCGUUCGCGAUCCCGAUCGCCAGCCGCUUCCUCGGCGGGGCCUCCGCGCGGGGGGUGUGGGUCCCCGGGCCCUUCACUCUGGGGCGCCUGGGCGCCCCGGUCGCGGCGGUCGCGGUCGCGUGGAUGACGUUCUCGAUAGUCAUCCUCGCGUUCCCCACGGCGCCGGGCCCGGAGGCGUCGAGCAUGAACUACAUGGUCGUUGUGUGGCUCGGGGUCGUCGCGCUCUCGCUGUUCUACUACAACUUCCCGCGCUACGGCGGGAAGCACUGGUUCAAAGGCCCGCAGGUCACGCUCGAUGCCGACAGCGUGGCGGGUUCGAUAGAAGGGAGCGGGGAAGGGGUAGAGGAGAAGCAUAUGGAGUGA